AUGCAGAACGAAAAUCUGCGAGGGGCCAGGGCGGCUCAGAGGCGUGCGCAUGCCAUCGUUCAGCAUCUUGCGCUUGGCGAGGACGAAGGGGUACUCGACGCGCACGAAGCUGCAGCCAAGCUAAAGAGAAGCCCCAAUGGCGGCACGGCAGCCGUCAAGAAGGGAGCUGCUGGAGCCAAGAAGAAAGUGCCCUUCCGUGAGCGCAAGCUCGAACAGCACGACAUCGACGGCCUGAGCCGCCUCCUGUAUCCCGACCAUCCCGAGCUGCGAGCCAAGGUUUUGGAGCUCUUCAAGGAGCCCCUGUUCCAGCCUCGCUACGAUAUGAAAAUGGGAGAAGCCCGCGAGCUGACCCUGAAGCGGUUGGAACGCUUGGCCAGCCAGGAGCUCUUCACCCUACGCGAAGUGCUCAAUGGGGCCUGUUCGGCGGCUCCGUGGCCUCCCUCGGCACCGAGAAGCACUUCCACAUGCUCGACAAGUGCCAGACGCUCGAAGUGCGCGGAUGCUUCGCCCUCACCGAGCUCGGAGUUUGUGAUCAACAGCCCCACUCCGACCUCCCAGAAGUACUGGAUCGGUAACGCCGCUUGCCACGGCAACUGGGCCACCGUGUUUGCCAACCUCAUCCUUCCGGGCGGACGCAACGAAGGCUUUCACGCGUUCCUGGUGCCGAUCAGGGACAAAGACGGCAAGCCCAUGCCCGGAGUCGGCAUCGCCGAUUGCGGCUACAAGAUGGGACUCAACGGCGUCGACAACGGUCGCCUGUGGUUCAACGGCGUCCGCGUCCCUCUCGACAAUCUGCUCAAUAAGUACGGUGACGUCAGCCCCGAUGGUCAGUACAGCACGCAUAUUCCCAACAAGGGCAAGAGGUUCAACACCAUGCUGGACGCGCUGGUCGGUGGUCGCAUCUGCGUGGGCAGCAGUGCUCUCAAUGUGAGCAAGCUGGGCCUCACGAUUGCUGUGCGCUAUGCCUGCACCCGGAGACAGUUCGGCCUCCCCAAGCAACCCGAGUUUCUCUUGAUGGAUUACCUCAGUCACCAGAAGCGACUGCUGCCCCUCAUCGCCACGACCUAUGCCCUUCGCAUUGGCAUGAACCACACGAAGGACGUGUUGCGGGACAUCCAGCGAGGGCUCGUCGCCGGCACGCUGAGCGAGGCCGACGAGGAGGUGAAGAAGCGCGAGCUGUUCCUGCUCGCCGGAGGCUAUAAGGCCGUCAGCACCUGGCACCGUUCGGAGACGCUGCAGAUUUGCCGCGAGUGCUGCGGUGGCCAGGGCUUCGCCGCCGAGAAUCGCAUCGGCGUGUUCAAGAGCGACGCCGAGAUCGAUCUCACCUACGAGGGCGACAACACUAUUCUCAUGCAGGCAGUUGCCAAGGCGCUCCUGCAGGAGUUUUACAGUUCGCUCACCGGCAAGCAGCGGCUGACCAACAUGCUGGGCUAUCUCAAGGGUCAGCUGGGCAUUCUCGUGCGCUCCAAGAACCCGAUGAUGAGGCGCUACGCCGCUGAGGCUCACCUGCUCCACUUUGACUUCUACAACGACGCCUUCGUGUGGAGGUACAACAUGGUUGAUAGAGGGGCGUGA